GGCAGAGUGCGCGCAAGUGCUGCAAUGGAUGUUCUUUGAGCAGUUUUCGCAUGAGCCGUUUAUGGUACACUGGUCAUCAAGGGAUACUGAUCACGCCAUAGUAGUGGAACGCUGACAUAGUGUGCUGCAGGUGAAAUGGAAGUUCAGAACCAACCGCAGAUACAGCAGAUGCGGGACGCCGGACAGGCUGCUAUCGGUGUCAUGGAGACGCACCUAAAUCAAGAAGGAGGGGAAUGGUUCGUUGGUGAGAGGCACAGUAUCGCGGACAUUGCGCUGUUUGCGUAUACGCAACAUGCAGAAAUCUUGGGAUUCGAAAUUGGUGAGAAUGUGAAGAGGUGGUUGAAGAGGGUGCAGGGUGCGACGGGAUGAGUGAGAAUUGA